CUCUCGAAGGGUCUGAGCCUCGCCAGCCCCUCCCCCAGGAGACCGUUGCAGUGGGCCAGCCCCUGCUCUUUGGUAACCAUGUGUGACCGAAAGGCUGUGAUCAAAAAUGCCGAUAUGUUGGACGAGAUGCAACAGGACUCGGUAGAGUGUGCUACUCAGGCAUUGGAGAAAUAUAAUAUAGAGAAGGACAUUGCGGCCCAUAUCAAGAAGCAGUUUGACAAGAAGUAUAACCCCACCUGGCACUGCAUCGUGGGGAGGAACUUCGGUAGUUAUGUGACACAUGAAACCAAACACUUCAUCUACUUCUACUUGGGCCAAGUGGCCAUUCUCCUGUUCAAAUCUGAUUAAAAGCAUGGACUGUGCCACACACCCAGUGAUCCAUCCAAAAACAAGGACUGCAACCUAAAUUCCAAAUACCAGAGACUGAAAUCUUCAGCCUUGCCUAAGGGAACACCUCGAUCUUUAUUGUUGUUUUGUACAGGGCAUUCUCUGUACUAGUUUGUUGUGGUUAUAAAGCAAUUAGCAAAACAGCUUACAUUUAUAUUUAUUUUCUAUUUCAUACC